CUGGGUCAGUGCGAGUCUCCGGGAGUUUGCAACCGGAUCUACUUGAGAAAAAGUGUAUGCUUUCUUAAAGAUAUCUUGCACAGAUUAUGCUGUUCAUAUGGGAAUGGCACAUUCAGAUUAACUUUUUGAACACGCCCGGGUGCGGGACAAACGUCACACAGUGUUGAUUUCACACGCCUGUUUACUUUUUUUGUGAGGCUUUGAUGUGGCAUAUCUGAACCGGAGAGGCUGUCUCCACUUUGCUUCUAGUUCAAACGUUCUCGGGCGUCCUGUUAACCUCAAGAGCUGUGCGUCAAAACUGCAAAGUCAAGGCCUGUGGACUCGAGAAGCCUGGGAUGGAAGCCAACUCGGUGGAGGGAUGUUGCAGAGGCCGACUGCACUGGUUGGUAGCUGGGACCCAGAUCCUUGGGCUGGCUUCAGUGAUCAUGACUGGUGUAUGGCUAGGUCACUAUCAAGGAGGCUUUGCAUGGGAUGGAACUGCUAACCAAUUCAAUGUCCACCCUCUGUGCAUGGUGAUUGGAAUGGUCUUCCUCUAUGGAGAUGCAAUCCUGGUGUACAGAACACUCAGAAACGAGGGUAAAACCACACUGAAGCUGCUUCAUGCAUUCAUCCAUCUGAUUGCACUAGUGGCCAUCAUUGUAGGUGCAGUCGCUGUGUUUGAUUUCCAUGCAGCGAACAAUAUCCCCGACCUGUACAGCCUUCACAGCUGGUGUGGCCUCUCCAUCAUCAUUCUCUUCUGCUUACAGUGGGUUAUGGGACUGGCCUUCUUCCUGUUUCCUGGCGUGACCUACUCACUGCGAACUAUCUACUACCCCUUCCACGUGUACUUUGGACUGGCACUUUUUAUUCUGUCUAUUGGCACUUGCCUGAUCGGGAUCACAGAGAAGCUGUUCUUUUCUGUCAGAGACACAUACUCUAAGUUUGACCCCCAAGGAAUCCUGGCGAACACCCUGGGGCUGGUGCUGGUUUGCUUCGGGUUUCUGGUCACUUACAUACUGACCCGCAACGAGUGGAAACGUUCAGCGAGCCCCGAGGAGGAGGCCCUGUCCCUGCACUUCAAAACCCUGACUGAGGAAGGAAGUCCCGACCCAGUGCCGAGCCAGUGAAGGUCAAUGAUCAAAUCGAGAGCGUGGAGUUAAAAAGUCAUAACAAUGUGGUGUUGCUGUGUGAGUGAGUGUGUGCACAUGUAUGAAAGUAACAGAAAAAUGCAGCAAGUCCGUUAACAUCUGUGUUGUUUGUCGGUUCAUGAUGUCCACACUUGACUUUCUUCCUAAAUGCCAAGUUGUCCAUUUCUCCUGCCAGGUUGCAGUUUGGGUCACUGAAUGGGGCAGUGAUACUCUGCAUCUCCUUUCUGGCCACAUGCACAACUUCCUGCUUGAGUCAUUUGUCCACCCUGCUGCCAGUCUUCAUUUAGCUCUCUGUGGGCAUGUAUUGUGCCACCUUCAAUGCCACCGAGUCGGAAGUGGCGGACAAGCCUGGGUUGCAGCAACACUGGCACACCAGUGUUGUAAGGGAGGGGCUGGAGGAGGUGUCCUUGAUUUCAGGCUUGUGAAACGGUGUGAAGCUGAAGUGAAGGAGCUCUGUCAUCCUAGCACCAGCCACAGCGACAUAUUCACCCUGGUGCCCAGGGAGAUGGUUGACUUGGACUGUGGUUCCAAACAAACUAUCCAGCAUUCUGCUUGGGGUCUCCUGAGACAAUAGACAAUAGGUGCAGGAGUAGGCCAUUCUGCCCUUCAAGCCAGCACCACCAUUUACUGUGAUCAUGGCUGAUCAUCCACAAUCAGUAUCCAGUUCCUGCCUUAUCCUCAUAACCUUUGAUUCCACUAUCUUUAAGAGCUCUAUCCAUCUCUUUUUUGAAAGCAUCCAGAGACUUGGCCUCCACAGCCUUCUGGGGCAGAGCAUUCCAUAUAUCCACCACUCUCUGGGUGAAAAAGUUUUUCCUCAACUCCGUUCUAAAUGGCCUAUCCCUUAUUCUUAAACUGUGACCUCUGGUUCUCGACUCACCCAUCAGCGGGAACGUGCUUCCUGCCUCCAGCGUGUCCAAUCCCUUAAUAAUCUUAUAUGUUUCAAUAAGAUCCCCUCUCGGCCUUCUAAAUUCCAGAGUAUACAAGCCCAGUCGCUCCAAUCUUUCGACAUAUGACAGUCCCGCCAUCCCGGGAAUUAACCUUGUGAACCUACGCUGCACUCCCUCAAUAGCAAGAAUGUCCUUCCUCAAAUUUGGAGACCAAAACUGCACACAGUACUCCAGGUGUGGUCUCACCAGGGCCCUGUACAGCUGCAGAAGGACCUCUUUGCUCUUAUACUCAAUUCCCCUUGUUAUGAAGGCCAGCAUGCCAUUAGCUUUCUUCACAGCCUGCUGUACCUGCAUGCUUGCUUUCAGUGACUGAUGUACAAGAACACCUAGAUGUCAUUGUACUUCCCCUUUUCCAAACUUGACUCCAUUUAGAUAAUAAUCUGCCUUCCUGUUCUUACCACCAAAGUGGAUAACCUCACAUUUAUCCACAUUAAACUGCAUCUGCCCACUCACCCAGCCUGAGGUGGUGAAGGUCACCACAUUGAUUUAAGACUGCUGCAAAUGACACACUCUUGUCGAGAGGCAUUAUCACUUGUCAAUUUUUUUUCUGCACAGUUUGCUGAGGGAUUGAUGAGGAAUCAUGCUGUGUUCCUGGGCAGCCCCCGGCUUGCAGCUCAAUGAAACACACACAGCCUGACAUAUAAACAGAGACCUCAUUGAUCCCAGGAGACUCUCCCUCCAAUUAAUCCUAGGUCAUUAACUUAGAAAAUGACGUGGGACCAGUUCUCAUGCAGAUGAUGCCAACCUCAAGCCAGUUCUCUAAUAACGCCCCCUCUCUACACUACUAUCCUUUCUCUUCUCCCUCCAUUUUUCUUGCACCCCUUCCCUCUCUUCCCCACCUCUUUUCCCCCACCUCUCUUUUUACCACUUCUAUUUUUCCCCUUCCUCAACCCCUCCGUCUAUCGCCUCCUCCACCUCCUUCCCUGACUACCUGUGCCUGCCCUCUGCUGCCCUGCAAGAUGGAUGCCUAUUAUGAGGCCAGUCACAUUGUUCAGUGAACCAGCCCUGAGGCAGGCAGGAGAGUUAAACGGCAUCGGAUGCAGGAAGAUCUGUUGGUGUCUUCUCUCCUGUGGACUCAAAUUUAUUCAAAGAAAAUCAGCACAAAGACAAAUAAUAUGGAGCAAUACGUAAUGUGUGCUUGGAAUAUGUGUACCAAAUCAAUGGUUCAAUUUAAUAUCAGAAAAUGUAUAUAGUAUACAACCUGGAAUCCUUGCUCUUCGCAGACAUCGACAAAACAGAGAGAAAGAAAUAAAAACAAAGACUGUAUGACAGAAACAUAAGAUCCUCAAAGCCCCCCUCCCCCUCCCAAGCACAAGCAGCAGCAAAAGCAUUAACUCUCCCCCCACUUGCUCCGGCAAAAGCAUCACCCCUCACAACCCCACCAAGCAGUAAAUCCCCCAGCAACCAUGAGUCCAUCAAAAACCACUGUCCAUCCCAGCACUUCGACGUCUCAACAGGCCCGCUCCCUCACGAGAGUGGGAGACCAGCUGCUCUCUUCUCUGAGCCCCUCCCCCAACUCGAAGGAAGAGUGGAAUUAGCGCACUCAGUGUAAUUUCACUGAGUGAACAGGCAUAUUUCCUGUUAAGAAAUAACUCAGAGUAGAGAAGGAAAACGCUAAUAGCCACAUGAGUACAUGUAUUUUGGGAAGCCUACACUGCCUACUUGGGUGGUGGGAUGGAGGUACAUCUCUACCAAAGGGGGUGUAAGGUGCUCCUUCCCUCCGCUAGCCUGCAGGUCACCCUCGAGCAAGGUGUAGUACCUGCUUAGCCUCCUGAUCAGGGUCACGUGAAGCCAUGGGAACAGGUGGUGGAUAUCGUAUGAGCAGCUGGUGCACAUCGCAAGACCACUAACGCCAGGCAGACAAUCUCUGAAGAGUAGUGAUAAUGACUGGGGUGACCUUUCUUGUAAAGACACUGCCCAGAAGAAGUCAGCAGCAAUCCAUAGUCUCAUAGAGAAUGCAACAUGGAAUAGGCACUGUGGCCCAUUGAAUCCAGACUGACCCAUUUACACAACUCCAAUGUUAAUCUCAUUUCUUAUUCUCCUCGUGUUCCCAUUAGCCCCUUCAGUGAACUGUCACUCAGGAGACUGCAGAUGCUGUUUUGGGUCAAGAGCCUUUGUUGGACUGAAAGAUAGAGGGGAGAUGCCCAACAUAAAGAGGUGGAGCAGGAGUUGGCAGGUGAUAGGUGGAUCCAGGUGGGGGGGGGGGGGGACAGGCAGAUGGUUCAGUGGUUCAAAGGUUCAAUUUAAUUUCAGAGAAUGUAUACAGCAUACAACCUGAAAUUCCUUUUCUCCACAGACAUCCGCGAAACAAAAUAAGACUGUAUGACAGAAACAUAAGAUCCUCAAAGCCCCCCUCCCCCUCCCAAGCACAAGCAGCAGCAAAAGCAUUAACUCUCCCCCCACUUGCUCCGGCAAAAGCAUCACCCCUCACACCCCACCAAGCAGUAAAUCCUCCAGCAACCAUGAGUCCAUCAAAAACCACUGUCCAUCCCAGCACUUCAAUGUCUCAACAGGCCCGCUCCCUCACGAGAGUGGGAGAGAGAGGUAUCACUCCUGCAAUAGACGAGAGGGGAGACCAACAGCUUGCUGUCUCCAUAUUGCAGUCUGCAAUUUCAAAGCUACAAUCUAACUUUUUUUAAAAAAGGAAAGCAUUUUAUUUUUCCAUGGAAAAAGACUAACAGGACAGGAACCCACAAUUGUUGGAAGUUCAAAAAUUUGUUUUAUUUAACAAGGAGCCAAACCAAUGACUAGAGAUCAAUAUGCUUCACCUAGGUACAUGUUCUUCAACUAUGAUUCCCUCUGUUUAUGCCUCUUCUUCCUCCCAUUGAAAGGUUCAUACCUCUUCGGCUAAUGUAUUGUCACCCUCGAGCUGCAAUUCUCCCCAUCUGUGGAUAAAGUUGUACUCUUCCCAAAGGUUUAGGCUGUGUGAUGGCAGCAUCAGCUGAACUAGGAGGAGGAUCCUGGCUAGUGGAUGGAAUAUCAGCUUCGUCUGAAGGCUGUGCAGAUUCUUCCUCCUGAUGUCCUUCAAUUUCUAACAUAACAUCUGAACUAAGUCCUUCUUGGUCUGCUCCUUCAAUAAACACUUCAUCACCAUCAUCACCACCUCCAGAUUCAACUGUGCUGGACAGACUGCUCAUGGAUGUUGCACCAAUCUACGUUUAUAACUUAUUUUGAUUUCCAUAUUACACUGGACAACAAAGAUUUUGCUUCCUGAAUACCUUUAGGUGUAUCUUAUGAACUUUGGGCUACUGAUCAUGAAAAUCACCAUGAGAUUUCCCUAUCACGCACCAUUUUUUUAAAAAGCUUAUGUUUAUUAUUUCAAUUCAUAAUUCAAGUCAAUCAAAAUGUUGCCUGCAAUGUAAGCUGGAAAGUUUCCUAUCUUGUCCAGGCGUGGGCAUGCUUAGGCAGCGCAACUGCUGCAUGGCAGGACAGGUUUUAGUAAUAAUUAUUGGGUUCAUAGAAAAUAGGUGCAGGAGUAGGCCAUUCGGCCCUUCGAGCCAGCACCGCCAUUGAGUAUGAUCAUGGCUGAUCAUCCAACUCAGAACCCCGCCCCAGCCUUCCCUCCAUACCCCCUGACCCCUCUAGCCACAAGGGCCAUAUCUAACUCCCUCUUAAAUAUAGCCAAUGAACUGGCCUCAACAGUUUCCUGUGGCAGAGAAUUCCACAGAUUCACCACUCUCUGUGUGAAGAAGUUUUUCCUCAUCUCGUUCCUAAAAGGCUUCUCCUUUAUCCUCAAACUGUGACCCCUCGUUCUGGGCUUCCCCAACAUCGGGCACAAUCAUCCUGCAUCUAGCCUGUCCAAUCCCUUUAGGAUUUUAUACGUUUCAAUAAGGUCCCCCCUCAAUCUUCUAAAUUCCGAUGAGUAUAAGCCUAGUUGAUCCAGUCUUUCAUCAUGUGAAAGUCCUGCCAUCCCAGGAAUCAAUCUGGUGAACCUUCUUUGUACCCCCUCUAUGGCAAGGAUGUCUUUCCUCAGAUUAGGGGACCAAAACUGCACACAAUAUUCCAGGUGUGGUCUCACCAAGGCCUUGUACAACUGCAGUAGUACCUCCCUGCUCCUGUACUCGAAUCCUCUUGCUCAGUACUGUAAGGAUGGAAUUUGCUAUCACCAGGCACAAAAAUUUCUGUGAAGGAUUUUGAUAUUUGAGACAGAUGCUUCCCAGAAUAACUGAUGCCAAGAUUAAGCAAAGCAUUUUUGUUGGUCCACAAAUCACUGGAGAAAAUCACAUGGAAGGCAUUCAAGGAAGUUGUUGAAAUUUUUCUCGGCAUCUACAGAGCACCAAACUACAUGCAGCUGGUUCAAAGCAUGCUUCAGGCAUAUAAAACCAUGAAAUGCAACAUGUCACUAAAGAUUCAUUUUCUGCAUUCCCACUUAGACUUCUUUCCUGCAAGUCUUGGUGCUGUUAGUGAUGAGCAUGGUGAAAGGUUUCACCAGGACAUUGCGGUCAUGGAGAAAAGAUACCAGGGCAACAAAAUAUUUUUAACUUAGUUGAACUAUUGCAAAGCAUCAACACCUUUAUGCAAUUAAAUACAUUAUAUUCAAUAAAAGUUAAUUUGUUGUUUCUCCAAAUUCCUACAUGAUACAAAUAGUCUGAAAUUAUGUUUGUGUUCAUCGUCAAGCAGUCUAUCAUAAACAAAAAACAAUUCUGAGGAAGCAACACUUUUGAAAAAAAAUUGUUGUCCAGUGUUAUUUGGUACACAUAUUCCAAACACUUAUGUGUUGCUUUAUAUCAUUUUUGUUGGUGCUAAUUUUCUUUAGAGGGCCAAAUUUGCCCAACUCUGUGCCCCUGUAAAUGGGAAUCCACAUUCUAGCUGCCCCUUUGCUAUCACAACAUCUGGGUUAAAGUGGUCAGUGGUGUGAAUCUGGUUCUGAUCCCACAUGUACGUCCAUGAAUUUUGGAUCCUUUGGGCUUGUGUGAGAGAUAUUAUUGAACAUCUUCUUUUGCUGAUCUUUGAAAAUACUGAAGACAUUCCCAUCAUCCUGAUCUUGUGUUACAUAUUCCUAGUGAUUUUUUUUUCAACAAUGAUUCCUGCCAUUGAGUAUUCCGUUUGCACUACUGGCCAUCAGAUAAAUCCAUUCCAUUUCAGUCUUACCAAGGUAAAUGACUUGAAUUGAAUAAUUGUGAAAUUAUAUAGCACAGAAACAGGCUCGAUAUCUGUGCCGACCAAGGUGUCUGUCUGAGCUGUUGAAUAUUCUCCAGCUCCAAUGUUUUUUAAUUUUUAAAUGCCCUUUUAUUUUUCUCCUGGGAAAUUUAAGGACUUCAGGCAGUCCUGGAGAAGUGAAGGCCUAGGUCCAUAAGACCAUAAGACAAAGGAGCAGGUUGGCCAUUCGGCCCAUCAAGUCUGCUCUGCCAUUUUAUCAUGAGCUGAUCCAUUCUCCCAUUUAGUCCCACUCCCCCGCCUUCUCACCAUAACCUUUGAUGCCCUGGCUACUCAGAUACCUAUCAAUCUCUGCCUUAAAUACACCCAAUGACUUGGAAUUGAGGAAACCAUCUGCUUGAAAAACAGGAAUUAUUUUCCGUAUUUUCUGUUGCUCCCUUUUGCACAUCUCCAAGAGCGAGGCAAGUGGUUCAAAAGUGAAAGCAGGGAUCAUGGAAUUGCUCAUCAGGGCAGGCAGCAACUGUGGAGAGAGGAACGGUUUUGGGUUCAGGAAGACAAGGCCGGAGUCUGCUUUCUCCACAGGGAGACCCAAGAGCUCAACAGGAGAUCCAUAAAUCCCAUCCACUGGGAGUGUGGAGGACCGUCCUCAGGGCACCCUAACUGCACUUCACCGAUGAGCUGAUGCAAAUCAUGUUCCAAAAAGAGACGGUCCAUGUAGCGAUGUCAAUAACCCACCUGAAACACAGACCAAGGAGUCUUAACACAUGCGCAAGUCGAGGGGCGCGAUGAAACCCCACAGUGUAGUGAAGGUGAAGUGUGACUCUAGCGCUGUACAGCCCUGUUUUUGACAUCCCAACAAGAUUGCAUCCGCUCCUCUGCAAUUAUCCCCACAUCUCCAUGUUAAUUUAAAAUGGGAUUAUUUUAAUUUAAUAGGAUUUAAUUUAAAGGGAUUUGGUGGGCAGUGUGGAGGGAGCUUUACACUGCUGCUGGUCUUGCUCUGAGUGUGGUUAAUGGGUUGGUAUUUAACCCAACCUGGAUUAACACCACCCAGACAAUGCUGGAGGAAGUCAGAAUGCCAUGCGGCAUCUAUGGAGGGAAAUAAACAGUCAAGACUUCAGACUCCUAAUGAAGAGGCUUGGCCCAAAAUGUCACCUGUUUAUUCCCCUCCAUAGAUGCUACCUGACCUGCUGGGUUAGCAUUUUGUGUGUAUUGCUCAAGAUUUCCAGCAUCUGCUGAAUCUCUUGUGUCUCUGGAUUUGCUCCUGUAGCAUUUGCAGGUACUGCAUGAAGGGAGAUUUACUGUACAGCAGCUGUGGAGAAAACAGACUGCUUCAAGCACAGAUCCACUAAUAAAGGGCCUGGGAUUGAAAGGCCAAAUCCUUCACCAUCUUCACAGACAUUGCUUGAGCAGCUGACUGACUACUGUAUUUUCUAGGCUAAGUUACAUGCCAUUUCUGACUGUCCUGUUUGUGCAGUUUUUAAAAAAGUGUUGAUACUUUUGUGAGGUUCCAGGUUUUAGAAGCAGAGGAUACACAUCAGCAAUGAGAGGGUUUCAACAGUUUGCCUGUAAUUCAUAGAACUCGCUCACUGGGUUCAGCUCUGGUAAUAUAGCCAAGUGAUUUUGCAGGCAGUAUGUCUACUUUUGUCUUAAAUGUCUAAUACCAGGAAGGAGCAGUGCAGGUUUCAGCAGGCUGCAAAAAAAUUGGAUUCUUAGUAUUUAUUUAUCUUUCCAUGAACAGUUUCAGCUGCAGAUGUAUGUCUAUUGGUUUAGAACUUGUGUACUUUGUUCCAUGUAAUAUUAUUAUCGUCUUAAGUAAAUGUUGCAACACAAAAGAAUCUGUGUGCUGCG